UAACAAUAGUGUUAAUGGACUUCCGGGUGGUCUAAUAGACUCCCAUUUAUCAAUGUCACCGCAUACCAAUGAAUCAUCACCAGGGAAUCCCUUCCAUGUGCCAACAAGUUCAACCGUCGGUAGUGAAAGUCAUCAUACGCUUCCUUCACCGGAGCGAGGUCAUUGGAGCAUGCCUAGUAGCGAAGCAAGGACACAGCCUUUUAACACACAUGGUGAAACACUUGAUCCCUUUCCAGGCCAACUAUCAGACCCCUUCUUCUCAUUAGAAUCAGCAAAAAACAAACAACGAGCUGAUGCUACUACCACCCCAAUGAGUGAACAGCAUGACCCAUUUUCAGUUACAAAUGAAAGACAACCCCAUUCUGCAAACUCUGCCACGAAAUCACCUCAAAAAAAGGGAAAGGAUGUUAAGUUCGCUACCGAAACAUGUGAUGAUGAUAUCCCAAUCAGUUCUUUUCCCAACCAUGGACAACAACCUAGUGAUGGUUUGCCUGCCUUCAGUAAUGGCUCAGAAAAACAAAAUCCUCCGAUACAGGUAAUGGAGCGUCCAGAGAAUCCUUCAUCUUCUUCUGAUUAUAGCUUUCCAUCUCAUGUGUUUGAUAGACACAAAUCAAACACCCAAUGGAGCACUGCCUCUAAUGAAUCAUUGUUCAGCAUUCAAAUGGGAAACACGAGUUUCUCAAGUGAUUUGGGUUGGAUUACUAAAUCUGGCGAAAUGGAUAGACUCAGUGACAUGAACACGUCUGGUUCACCAUUUCAUGGAAACCAGCCCCCACUCCCACCUCAACUCCAAUCCCCAGCAACAAAAUUCACUGAUAUCAGCCAUAGCACUGCCAAACAACAUGAAGGUUCAAAAGUGACUGAAGAAAAAGCUGCCGAGACAAUGAGAGAGGUUAUAAUGGAAAGCAGCAUAAAAAUAAGUAGCUUAAGUGACGCGGAUUUGACAUAUCCUGGACGGGCAUCAUAUUCUGAUAUGCGUUGUAGUUCUGGCACUCAUUGUCGUCAUUCAGAUGGCAGCACCAUAUCCUUUGCGUUCAAUGUAUUUACUGAUGGAGAAAAAGCUCUUUCAUCAAAGCAUGAAGAGGAGAAGAAAAAGCAGCAGACACAGCCAGCGCAGCAGAGCACCGAAGCAACAUCAGAUGCAGUUCAGGCACCCAAGCAAGCCCCAAAUGCUCCUCAGAACAAAUCGUGGCUAUCUUGCUUUCCAUGCUGUUGAUUAGAACGCGUUAGGUCCCCAUCUGAUCAUAGUUUCUCUUAGCUUCUGCCAAAAUUACUUUGUUGUCUCUUGUCACCUUUACAGUUUAGUAUCACUCACAUGCACUACAGCGUAGCUCUAACUGGCUAGUUCUUAUUCAACUUUUUCCAUUCCUAAACAUGUACCUCAAGUUCGGAGACCAGUCACAAAAUUUCUGGUUAACAAUGUACCAUAAUAGGUUAGUUUGAUAGCACUUUUGGUAGAUAAAUGAAUCAUCGGGAAAAGUCAAGGGGCCCGAGAUUCCUCAGCAAAUUCUUUUGUGAUGGCACACUAAAACACAUGCACGCAAGUUUGAAAGGUCAAGCAAAGUUUUUGUGGCAUGUUAACAUUAACAUCGGUUUGGUUAUGCUAAUAUUCCAUUUUCAUUUGUCACUUUUAAGGAUGUUGUCAAAUAUCUAAAAGUCUCUCUUAGCGGUAAUUGAAAAGGAAGACCAAUUUGUAAGU